UAUGUGCCUGAAAAUACACGUUUCCCGUAUCCGUGCCAUGUGGUCAGUGAGCCUGUCAGUGAAAUACGGAUUACUUUAAAUAAAUUAUACAUUAAAUAAAUGCGGUUUUAUCGUCAGUUUAAUUUAAUUGUGUCUUGAAUGUUUUUUCGUUUAUGUUGAUAUAUAAUGCCACCGAAGAAGGCGAAAGGUAAAAAGGGAGAUGGGGAGGAAGAAAGUCUCCCCGACAGUUUCCAAGGCAAGGAAGGGAAAAGUGUCCAAAUAAAAAAAAAAGGUGGAAAAGGUAAGAACAGACACGAUUCCGACAGCGAGGCCGAAAAUUCCAAGGGUAAACAAAAUAAAAUCAAGGGGAAAAAAGUCGAAAGUGAGGACGAAACCGAACAAAAUGCCCUUGCCGAUAAAACAGAAGUCAAGCCUAAACAGAAAGCCCCAACGAAGAAAAAACAGAAGAGCAAGGGAAAGAAUCAAGACUGGAGCGAUGAUGAACAGGAAGUAAACGUCCUCGAUAAUGUCGAUCAGUCAGAGGAAGAGAUGAAACCCGUUAAAAAGCAAAAGAAGAAAGGAAAAAGCAAGACAAAUGUGAGUGAAGACGAAGGUAUCAAGUCUGAACAAGAAGAAGAAGAAUUAAAAUCAGUUAAAAAGCAAAAAAAUACAAAGAAGCUAAAAGGAAAGAAGCAAGACAUGAGUGACGAUGAACCUCUUGUCGACAUGAUGGCCGAUGCAGAUUCCGAAGAGGAAGUAAAACCUGUUAAAAAACAGAAAUAUAUAAAGAAGCCUAAAGGAAAGAAACAAGACUUGAGUGAUGAAGAAACUGUUGUUGACAUGAUGGCCGAUGCAGAUUCCGAUGAGGAAGUAAAACCUGUUAAAAAACAGAAAAAUAUAAAGAAGCCUAAAGGAAAGAAACAAGACUUGAGUGAUGAAGAACCUGUUGUUGACAUGAUGGCCGAUGCAGAUUCCGAAGAGGAAGUAAAACCUGUUAAAAAACAGAAAAAUACAAAGAAACCUAAAGGAAAGAAACAAGACUUGAGUGAUGAAGAACCUGUUGUUGACAUGAUGGUCGAUGCAGGCUCCGAGGAAGAAUUAAAACCAGUGAAAAAACAAAAGAAAAAAACUAAAAAGAAGCAAGAGUCAGAAGAAUCAGAAGUCGGUGACGAACCUCCUGCUGAACCUGCCCAGGGAAAACAAGCAUAUGUGGCAGAAAACACAUCGAAGCCCAAUUUGAUGAAUGAGACUUAUAUAAUACCAUCACACAAGUAUGAAACCAGGAGCAAAUUCCCUGAAAUGGAAAGCUUAACCGAAGAAUUGAAAGACCUUAAAAUUGAACCGGAACAGAAAAAAAUGGAAAAGAACAUCAACCCGGUCAAAAAGGUCGAUCCAGAUUUCUCACCUGAACAAGAAUCAGUCGAGCCCACGGCUGCAGUUGACGAAACUGCCAAGAAACUUACCCACAAGGAGAAAAAGAAAUUGAAAAAAGAGAUGGAUUAUCUAAAACAAGUUGAAACCUUGACAAAAAAGGGAGGGCAGGGCCACAGUGCCUUGGAUGAGAACUUUACAGUUUCCCAACCAGAGAAAUCUGUUAGCCAGCUACAAGCUCUGGAAAAUGCAGUUGAUAUUAAAAUUGAAAACUUCAGUAUUGCAGCUAAAGGCAAAGAUUUAUUUGUCAAUGCUAACUUGUUAAUUGCAAAUGGAAGGAGAUAUGGCCUUGUCGGACCAAAUGGCCAUGGUAAAACGACACUACUACGUCAUUUAGCGAAUAGGAUUUUUCCAAUACCUCCUAGCAUAGAUGUUCUCUAUUGUGAACAAGAAGUCGUCGCUGACGAUACAACGGCUGUUGAUUCUGUUUUGAAAGCAGAUACUAAAAGAACGGCCCUGUUGGAAGAAUGUAAAACAUUGGAAGCUCAACAGGAAAAAGGCAGCAUGUUAGGUCAAGAUAGACUGAAAGAAGUUUAUGAAGAGUUAAAAGCAAUCGGAGCAGAUUCAGCUGAACCUCGAGCUAGAAGGAUUCUUGCUGGUUUGGGUUUUUCUAAAGAAAUGCAGAACCGAGCCACCAAAAAUUUUUCAGGUGGAUGGAGAAUGAGAGUUUCUUUAGCCAGAGCUCUUUUUGUUGAGCCUACGUUAUUGUUACUUGAUGAACCUACAAACCAUCUCGAUUUAAACGCUGUAAUUUGGCUAGAUAAUUAUUUGCAGGGUUGGAAGAAAACUUUAUUGGUAGUUUCUCAUGACCAAAGUUUCUUAGACAACGUCUGUAAUGAAAUUAUACAUUUAGAUCAACUUAAACUUCAUUAUUACAAAGGAAACUAUUCCAUGUUUAAAAAAAUGCAUGUUCAGAAAAAAAAGGAGUUAAUCAAGGAGUAUGAAAAACAAGAGAAGAGGAUAAAAGAAAUGAAAUCUAGUGGACAAUCAAAAAAACAAGCUGAAAAGAAACAAAAAGAAGCGCUGACAAGAAAACAGGAGAAAAAUAGAAGUAAACAACAGAAAAACGAAGAGGACAAUGGGCCGAUAAGGCUAUUACAAAAGCCUAGAGAUUAUAUAGUAAAAUUCUCUUUCCCAGAUCCUCCUCCACUUCAACCUCCCAUUCUCGGACUCCACCGUGUCACAUUCUCUUAUGAAGGUCAAAAACCGUUAUUUAUUGAUGUAGAUUUUGGUAUCGAUUUGAGUUCAAGAAUAGCUAUUGUCGGCCCCAAUGGUGUGGGAAAAUCAACGUUUUUAAAACUAUUAGUUGGCGAACUUACACCGAACAGAGGAGACAUGAGAAGGAACCACAGACUGAGAAUAGGCCGAUACGAUCAGCACUCAGGAGAACAUUUAACAGCAGAAGAAACACCCGCGGAAUAUUUAAUGCGAUUGUUCGAUCUUCCUUACGAAAAGGCAAGGAAACAGUUAGGUACAUUUGGCCUUUCAAGUCAUGCUCAUACAAUAAAAAUGAAAGAUCUUUCUGGCGGGCAAAAAGCUCGAGUGGCACUAGCCGAAUUGUGCCUUGCUGCUCCCGACGUCGUCAUUUUGGAUGAACCCACGAAUAAUUUAGAUAUUGAAUCAAUCGAUGCCCUAGCAGAAGCGAUCAAUGAAUAUAAAGGCGGUGUAAUUAUAGUCACUCACGACGAGAGACUUAUUAGGGAAACGGAUUGUACACUUUGGGUCAUAGAAGAUCAAACCAUAAAUGAGGUUCUUGGUGAUUUCGACGAUUAUAGGAAAGAAUUACUCAAUUCCCUUGGAGAAGUAAUAAACAGCCCAAGUAUUGCAGCCAAUGCUGCUGUUUUACAAUAAUGGCACAUACGAAAAUUGAGAUAGAAGAAUUAUUUAUUGAGGACAUGUUAAUUUUUUAAAUAUAUUUGUAUAGUUUGUA